UUGUUCACUUAAGGUGACCAGCUAAGGAUAUUAAAAUUAAACAAAGAAAUACGAGUUUGUGUACUGUACUGAUUUAUCAGUUUAUACGUUUUUAAAUAAUCAUGUGUCGUAUUAAAAACGUAUUCGGUUCUCGUCCACUAUCAUCUGACAUUAUUCAGUUAAUAGACUCAAUUUGGUCAGAACUUGAUGUCGUACAGGAACACCGGUCAAGCGACGCUAAGAACGACAUUGUAUCAUGUGGAGAUCGCCUCAGCCAGAUGACCAAAACGUACAAUGACAUAGAUGCAGUAAGAGCGUUACUUGAAGAGAAAGAGAGAGACCUUGAGUUAGCGGCUCACAUUGGCCAGUCCUUGCUUGAUCAGAACAAACAGCUUAUACGGAAAAAUGAAUGCCUUGAGCAAGAACUUGCUAAUGCCAAUGGAACAAUAUGUCAACUAAGACGAGACUUGGCAACCAAGGUUGGGCUACUUCAGAUAUACACCGAAGAUCUUGAUGCAUCUUCUGAAACAACAACAGCUGUAGGUCAAGAACUUCGUGACUGGGAUCAUCUACACAAAAAUGUCCACUAUCUCCAGGAGAAGAACUCCCAACUUCGAUCAGAGGUUGACAUGCAAGAAGCAGCCCUCGAACAAGAAGAAGAGAAAGAAAUGCAGAUUUUAAAUGACAUCGUUAAAGAAUUAACGGAGUCUAAAAAACUGAUUGUCACACUUCAAGAAGAAUUAGACAAAAUGUCUGAAGAUAGUUUUUAUCGACAGGAAGAGAUGACCCAUCGUUUGUGUCAGGUGGUGGAAUUAAGAAAGGAAGUUCGUUCUUUGAUUACAGAAAAUGAAGAACUACAGGCAAGUUUACAGACUUCAAAAGAAGACCAUGCUGUGCUUCUGAGUGAAAGGACUGAGCUGAAAGAGAAGUAUUCUGAACUUGUUGCUGCCUUUCACGAAGUUCAAGAAGAAAACAAAAAGAUACAUCGCUCUCACUUGCCAAGUGCCAAACGAUGGAACUUUAACAUGUACACUUCCUAUCUAAAUCCUGAUUCUUUGGCCUCGGAACUGGAUAGUUCUUUUGGUAGAGAUAGUGAAGGUUAUGGAUCAGAUGACAAGUUGUCACACAGUAAACGUAUAAUUCAGACUGUAAGAUAUGCCAGAAAACCAAAGUCAUCUCGUCCACGAAGUACAGUGCAGCACCAACUACAGUCUACCCCAUGCCGACCACGAACAAGGUCAUCCAUGUCUCUAGGCUAUUUAUCUUCUUCUUCGUCUGGGUUUAAUGACAGUUUUACAUCCGAUUCAGAAUCUAUAUAUGCAGAAAGCUCUCUUACCGAUGAUGAGAGUCAUUAUUCUUCAGUCACUAGUCUAGGAAGACCAGGUGCUCCAGGAUCGAGUGACUUUGACGCUGCUUUGUUUCGGUUAGAUGUUCAAGGAGAACCAAUUGCCUUGUCCCAUAUAGAGAUGGAAGAAGAUCAGAUGGCUAAAUCAGAGAUGGAUGAAUAUGAAAUAUCGGAAUCAAAUUAUGAUUGGUCUACCAACAAUGAUAUGUUGUGUAGACUAUGUAUAGCAUCUGGUCCGAGCAACCGUCACUACCACGUGCCUGAAAAAUUGCAAAUAAUUAAACCACUAGAAGGAUCACAAACUCUUCAUCACUGGAAAAGAUUAGCCACUCCCCACCUUGGGGGGAUCUUUGAAACAAGAUCAGGGAUACAGAUAAAAGGAGCAGUUCAUGUACCCGAUCUAGAGCCAGAAAGUUUCACUUUAAGUGAUUUGGAAGAAGAUGAAGUGUACUACCAGACAGGAAAGGGUUUUGUACAAACUUCAUCCACAUUUACCUUCACUAAUUCAACCAUCAUGUACCCCUUGAAUCAGAACCAAGUGUUAUCCAGUUUUCCUGCAUGCACGUCUCGAGAAGUUGAGAACAAAGAACAAGAGUCGAUUGACAUACAGCAGGCUCCUGACAGGAAAACUGAUAACACAGAAACAGCUUUGAACAAAAAACUACAAGAUCACAAAAUUCACGCUAUGUUACCCUUCUCAAAAUCUUGUUCUAGAGAGGUGCCAGAACCAGGCCUGUGCAAUUCCACUUUUACACCAGUUUUUCCACGAUCUGUAUUGUUUCCUACCAUGAUGACCUACAAUACAGGAACUGUCAACUGGAAACCUACUCAAAAGAGCAGCACUCCAACCACCAUUGUUCACAUCACUCGUACCACUCCCACUCCUGCCAUUCUUAACACUGUAUUCCCUGUCUUAUCUCCUGUGGAACUGAUGGAGAGCCUAAAUACUGUUGGAACGACAAAGAAGCAUAUACCAGCUAUCAGCACUAGUGACAUAUCAAGAUGCUACAUUCCACGUUUUCCUGCUUCUUUUAGUUUAACUACUCUUUCAGAGAGUUCACCUUUAACCUUGACAAGCAGACAGAAAGGUGAGAAACGAGAUUUGUACACGCAAAAAAAUGUUUCUUCAAACAUGGAUGCUGAAGAUCAGAAGCCAGAAGCUAGUUGUAAACAUCAGGAUAAGCAAAACACAAUGUAUUAUUGUCACACUUGGAGUAAAGUCCAACCUGCAAUUUCUAGAAAUAUCUACCCUUUUUGUGUAAGUCCUAUAUUCCCAAUCCAUAGUCUAGGGAUUGGAGAAUCUAAUUUGGAUUCCCUUAAUAUGUUUUACAUCCUGAGAAAGGGUGGUUUCAUAUAAGUAUUUACUCCUUAAACAACCAGAUAAACCAGACAUUGAAUAAGUGCUGUUAACAGUCGCACAGCGAGAACUUGUAAGUAAACUGACUCUCCAUUACUCCUCGUUUAAAUUAGUACCAAAUAGAGAACAUAUCAAAAACUGAACAUUAUCUACAGGUACUACAAAAAAGGAGAGAACAUUCUGAACUCCAUGGUAUACUUUGUACUAGGACUAAGGUAACCUAUAACAACAGGUACUACCAGAAAAAAAGAAAAACAGAGAGAGAAAACAAUCUAACUCCAUAGUAUACUUUGUACUAGGACUAAUGUAACCUAUAACAACAGGUACUACAACAAAAAAGAGAAAACAAUAUUAACUCCAUAAUAUACUUUGUACUAGGACUAAGGUAACCUAUAACACAAAAUCAAAAGUUUGUUUGGCUAACAACAUUAAUUAUUAUGAUCAAUGGCGUUUCUAUGAUUUUUUUUAUGUGGGGAAUAAGGGGCAAAGAGUUGCUUUGUAGGGGCAGAAGAAAUUAAUACUUUAAUGUCAGUGUGAGUCACAAUAUAAAGGAUUUAAAAAUCUUUAUAAAAACUAUCUUGGAUGGGGGCCGCUGAAAACACAGCUUUCCAAUGGGGAUCUGCCCAUCAUGGCACUCCGGUAGACAUGCCCCUGAUUAUAGUGAUGCUAACACUAUCACAGUUGUUUCAUAAUAUUAUGCUAAAGUAAAGUAAAGGAAAUAUAUAAAAGCAUUAGUAUAUAAUGAGAUGAACAUGAAUUAAUUAACAUUUUGCAACUAGUGAAUGUUAAAAUGUUCUGUCCCUGGAAAUGUACAUUUGUUUUGUUAUAAAUAAUCAUAACAACACUAAUAUAAUUGUGUAUGUCAGCAUGUAAUAAAAUAGAUAAAAGUUCCUAUUAAAUUUCACAAGGAGUUAAAUAUUCUUUGAUGUUCUUAAGACAUAAAAAUACAUUAUGGUUCAUAAGUACUUGAAUAUUGUACAAACAUAGAGCUGUGAGAUGUGGACCAAAAUAUUUUUUAUUAUGAACUUUUUCUUAAGAUUAGAUGCUGGUAUUUGUGAAAUAUGUACUUAAUAUUAGAUCCUGGUAUCUGUGAGAUAUGUAGUUAAUAUUAGAUCAUGGUAUCUGUGAGAUAUGUAGUUAAUAUUAGAUCAUGGUAUCUGUGAGAUAUGUGGUUAAUAUUAGAUCCUGGUAUCUGUGAGAUAUGUGGUUAAUAUUAGAUCCUGGUAUCUGUGAGAUAUGUGGUUAAUAUUAGAUCCUGGUAUCUGUGAGAUAUGUGGUUAAUAUUAGAUCCUGGUAUCUGUGAGAUAUGUGGUUAAUAUUAGAUCCUGGUAUCUGUGAGAUAUGCGGUUAAUAUUAGAUUCUGGUAUCUGUGAGAUAUGUAGUUAAUAUUAGAUCCUGGUAUCUGUGAGAUAUGUAGUUAAUAUUAGAUCCUGGUAUCUGUGAGAUAUGUGGUUAAUAUUAGAUCCUGGUAUCUGUGAGAUAUGUGGUUAAUAUUAGAUCCUGGUAUCUGUGAGAUAUGUGGUUAAUAUUAGAUCCUGGUAUCUGUGAGAUAUGUGGUUAAUAUUAGAUCCUGGUAUCUGUGAGAUAUGUGGUUAAUAUUAGAUCCUGGUAUCUGUGAGAUAUGUGGUUAAUAUUAGAUCCUGGUAUCUGUGAGAUAUCUGGUUAAGAUUAGACCCUGUCAUUUGUAAGAUAUCUGGUUAAGAUUAGACCCUGCCAUUUGUAAGAUAUCUGAUUAAUAUUAGAACCUGGAAUCUGUAAAAUGUCUAAAAACAGCAUUUACAUUUGUGUUUCAAAACAAGAGUUUUGGUAUUAGAACCCUAGUAUAUUAGACUAUUUUUAAUCUUUCAAUGGUGCUAAAUGGGAAAAAAGCAAUUUUUCAUUACUCAAGAAAUGGAGAUAGUCAACUUUGUCAGUCAAUUUAUAAUAACUUAGUCUAUGGCUCGGAGUAUGUCAUACAUCAUGGUCUUUCACCCCUCGCGUUGAUGCGGCAGUAAGCUUGAGUGCUUAUAAAGCUAAAAUGUGGAGUUUGAUCCCUGUGUUGAGCACAAUGCAUUUUUCUAUUUAAAAACCAAGAACUCAAUUGUAUUCUAUGACAGUUUGGGUUGUAGUUUUUGUAAGUACAACUUAUCUUAUUUGCUACUGUAUAUUUAUCACUUCCCUUUUUUGUGAAUUUUUUCUUCCCAUAGUAGCUUCAGGAAGAGUGUCAUUAUGUAACAAAAUCUUUCAAUAAUCCUCAUACUUUUAUGGCGAAUUUUUUGGGCCAACAGUGCACAACAAAUAUGAAAGGUUUUAUAAAUAAUAACCUUGAACCAUUUCAACUAAUACAGAUGAUCAGCAUUUUGACUGUAAUACUUAUUCUCUUGUAUCUCAAAGAUUAAUUUCAAGUAACGAAAAACAUAUUGCCUUUUGUUUCUCAGGGGAUAAUCUCCCUUAAAGUAUAAAUUGCCUUUUUUAAAGGCUAAUAGUAUAUUUCAGUGUUCUAUUUUUUAAGUAUUUACCCUUAUUAUUAUCUUAUUUACUAGUUACAUGGUUUAUAAACAUUUAAGAGGACUUGUAAACAUUUUCUAAACAAACACUUCAAACAUAUUUCCUGGGUUUGUAAAUGUCUUAUUAAGAACAGUAGAUGCAGUUUCGAGAACGUAGGAAACAGCAAAGGGUUAGAGACUCUUACCACACUCGUACAAAUACUAGUAGUGUUAGGGUUUCGCCUGGAACUUAUAAUGUGACCAACUUUAUGAAAUGUUUAUUAUCCUUGUUCUGAGCAGCUAGGAAAAUAUGAAUCAAAAGAAAAAUCAUUUGGUUACACGGAUUUAAAAGGAUGGCUUAAAUUUUACAAUAUUUAGUUAAUAUUGAGCUUUAAGCUUUCUUAAAUUGUCGAUACAGUAUAGUUUCACGUCCAAUAAGGUUUUGAUGAUUAGUAUAAUUAUGAUAUUUGUUCAAAAGAAAUGGUUAAUAUGUACUUAACUGUUAAAUAUAACGAGAUUUCAUUGGCCAUUCUUUACAUUUAACGUUAAACGUUUUAUCGUAAUUAUUAUAAAGAUCUGUGAGAUAUAUAAAGAAAAAUGAUUACAAAAAAAUCCCCUAGACAGACAAAACGAAGGAUAUUUUAUUUAUGUUAUGUUUACGAUGUCUUCUUUUUAUACCUAAAAAUAUGUAUAUAAGCGAAUUCCGAAACGUUAUUGUCGAAAUGAUGCAAAGUAUAUUAAGUGAUACUUGGUGAAAACGCAUGCUAUUAACCAAAGAGCUAGUCACCUAUAUCUAUACUAGUUCAAAAUAAAACACAUGGAACAUUUAAAACUCCUUUAAUCUGGUACAAUCAAGGCAUUGUUACCGUUACAUCGUGCUUCCAGACUUAUGUAAGAUGUUUGAUUCAAAUAUAGCGAAAUGGAAGCUACAGGUUCUAUAUCACUGUUCCCCAAAUUUCACCCUGAAGUUUACUUGCGAUUCUUAUUUUAAAUGCAUGCAUAACAUCUAAAACUCCUUCAUCACGGAGAGACAAAACUUAAGCCUUUUAGUAUUAAGGAGCUAAAUAGUCUUACACUUGAUUUUCAGUUUCAAGAAUUAAUUACGAAUUGUCUAGUGUUAUGUGUUUGAAAUUUGAUUGAAACUUUUAAUGCUCUACUGUUAGGAUAGUAUACUGCCGAGAAUUCCAGCCUAAAUCCCGGGCAGGGAAGCUUAGCUGUUUUCACACCAAACCAAUAACCGUUCCAUCCCCGAGGACCAUCUAUGCUGAAAAGAUGGUAAAUUUAAAGCACUUAGUAUACAUACUGUGUAUUUGCGUGGGUUUAUUAUUUGGUUUUUAUUAUCUGUUAUAAGUUUGUGAACCCAGCUUCGUUAAAUAGAGUAAUAUUAUAACGGGGAAAGGACUCUGUCGUUAAAUACACAUCUACUGUUUUUAACAUUGUAUUCUGCUAGUGUCAACGUUGAUGAUCGAUGUGAGUGUAAGGUGAACUGGGUGUGACGUUUACCUUAGAAUAAUUAUAUUAUACUAUUAGUUCAGUUGAUAGAGCAUAAAUAAGAGAAUACUUAUGAGCGCUUGGCUAUCUUCAAAGCCUAAGGUUAGUUCCCAUUAUAUCUAUUUUGGCUUAGUUACUGUUAAUAUAUAAUAUUGUCAUUAAAAUGCUGAUCAGAGUAUAUCACCUUGGAAGUUUUGAUGGUUUUUUUUGGGGGGCUGAUGUAAAAGGAUCCAGAAGCAAAGGUUUCAAUACCUCCCCCCCCAAAUUCAUCUAAUUUUUAACAACAUGAUAUCACAAAUAUUUUGCUAUAAACGUCGCAACGUUUAAAUAAAUUUACUCGUAUAUAUAUAUAUAUAUAUUUUUUUUUUUCUCUCAAGUCUAGGAAAUAUUUCAUACAGCCCACACUAGAUGGCGAAAGACAACUUAAAAUAUCACUGAUCUUUUCGUCUUGUUAAUGAGCACAAAUUACUACUUGAAACUUCAUUUUAUUUUAAAAAACAUCAAUGAUAGUACCUUACGUCUGAAGUAGAAUAUUUAUUUUAUGUUACAGUACGAGUACUCGAUAUAUUAUGAUAAUUUUGUUUUUACUUUUAUAGUGGUGGCGGUAUACGAAUUAAAAUAUAUAACUUGGAGGUAUAUAUACGUUUUGUAAAUCUACUUGAUAAUUAUAAUAUUUUAUAUAAGAUAGUCACGUAUCACGAGUUUUAUGGUAUAAAUUGUAACUUCAUUGGGUAUAAGUUUGGUUAUCAAAAUCAGUCGAACUUUCAUGGGUUAGAUCUUUCGUUCGGCGAAAUGGAUAUUAAAUUUUUUCCACAUGUUGCAUGAUAACAAAUAGGGUGUUUUAUAAAAUGGUUUAUGGGAAAUUGGCACUUGUAAAAAAAAUUUCCACUGAUACUGAACCACUAGCUUUAUCCCGAGAAAGUAAAAAUUCCAAUAAGCCAUGUAUAAAACUAACCUCUAUUUUUAUCACGCAGAAAUAUUAGCAGUGCCGUUUCGAUUGAAGUAGACAGUUGUACGACUUAUGAUGUGUGAUAUUUAUGAGUUGAAUUAGAGAACUGACAGAAUUGCAUUAUGUAUAUUGUUUAUGUAUUACACAUUUAAUGAAGACUGUAAAGUUAAAUAUUAAAAAUAUCUGAAUUUGACCCUUCAA